GUGAACAAAGGGAAUAUAUAUAGAGAGAGAGUUAUACACAUAUCACCGUCUCUUUGUUUCGUUCUUUCCGUCUCUGUUUCACUCUCUUUCUCUCUCUUUCUCAGUCUUCAAAUGCUGUUUAAGCCAUUACCUGCUUAGCCCCAAAUCAUAGAUCAAACAACAACUGAAUUUUUCAACUCUAAGUGGAUCACAACUCUCCAAUAUAUAAAGGCCACACACAAAAACCUAAUCUCCCUUUAAAGAGAGUAAAUUUAUCACUAAAUCUCCGCCUAAUCUUCUCCUACAACAACAUACACCACGUUUUUUCUUGUCAAAGUAACAUGGUUUCUCUUCAGUUUUGUUUUUUCUCUUAAGCUCCACCACCCCCUUUUCUUUGCUCUUAGUCUUAGCAAACCCCAAAAUUAAGGUAGCUUCACUUCUUCUUUUGUAUUCCAUGGACAGCUUGAGAGAAAUAGAAGGAAAACAAGCUCAUGAUCCUAUAUUCAUUGAGAAGAUGAAUAAAUCGUGUUCUCGGUCGUCGCGUUGCGUAUACGUUCCGGGGCCACUCAUCGUCGGAGCAGGGCCCUCUGGUCUGGCGGCGGCGGCUUGUUUGAAAGCCAAAGGUGUACCCAGUGUAAUCCUAGAGAGAUCCAGUUGCAUAGCAUCGUUGUGGCAAUUCAAGACCUACGAUCGCCUACACCUUCACUUGCCGAAGCAGUUUUGCCAGCUCCCACUCAUGGGGUUCCCUACCGACUUCCUUACGUACCCUACCAAACAACAAUUCGUCGACUACCUCGAAUCCUAUGCCAAGAAGUUCGAUAUCAGGCCACGGUUCAACGAGACGGUUUCGCGAGCCGAGUACGACCCGACGGUCGGUUUUUGGCGCGUAAGAAGCGUGAGGUCGAAGGGAAAAGAGACGGAAUACGUUUGCCGGUGGCUGGUGGUUGCGACGGGGGAGAAUGCGGAGGAGGUGGUGCCGGAGAUAGAAGGAAUGGGAGAGUUCGGUGGGGAUAUAAGGCAUACGAGUUCAUAUAAAUGUGGGGAAGAGUUUAGAGGGAAAAGGGUUUUGGUGGUGGGGUGUGGGAAUUCAGGCAUGGAGGUCUGUUUGGAUCUCUACAAUCACAAUGCUAAGCCUUCAGUUGUGGUCAGAGAUACAGUACACAUCCUCCCUCGAGAGAUGCUGGGGAGAUCGACUUUCGGGUUGUCCAUGUGGCUGCUCAAGUGGCUGCCCAUGCGGCUUGUCGACCGGUUCUUGCUGAUCGUAUCGUGGUUGAUGCUCGGUGACACGGCUCGUUUUGGGUUGGACCGGCCUCGGUUGGGUCCCCUCCAACUCAAGAAUCUGUCUGGAAAGACACCCGUCUUAGAUGUUGGCACGCUUGCCAAAAUCAAAAGUGGAGACAUUAAGGUAUGUCCAAGCAUCAAGUGCCUAAAAGGACAUGCUGUGGAGUUUGUCAAUGGCAAAACUGAAAGCUUUGAUGCAAUCAUCUUUGCAACUGGUUAUAAAAGCAACGUACCCUCUUGGCUAAAGGAAAGGAAGAUGUUCUCAGAGAAAGAUGGGUACCCUAGAAGGCCAUUCCCUAAUGGGUGGAAAGGUGAGAGUGGGCUAUACGCCGUGGGGUUCACUAAACGUGGUUUGCUAGGUACCUCAAUGGAUGCUAAGAGGAUAGCUGAAGACAUUGAAUGGUGUUGGAAACAAGAAGCAAAGCAUCACUUUUGUACCCAUCAUAAUCAUCAUCAUCAUCAUCAUGAUUGACCUUUUUUUUUUUUUGCGGGGGGCGUUUGAAAUCCUGAGAAAAAUAUACAGAUUUUGUAUCACACAGCAGCACUGGGUUUUCAACUAUUCAUUAAUUUACUGUCAAAGGAACAUCAAAAUCUUGAUGUUGCCUUGCCUUACAAUAGAUGAGGAGAAGAGAAAAUUUUUAUUAAAAAAAAAGGCUGACUAGCUAAAGGUUUCAAACAAGGGAGAGAGUUUUGUCUCAGUGAACCCCUACCUUGGGAAAAGAAAAAGGGUUGGUGUUGUUUGGAUAGUGGGAAAAUCUCAGACCAUCUGUACAUCUUGUACAUUACAAUUUUCCUCUAAUUAGCCAUGAUUCCUUGUUCCUUUUUUUUUUUUUUCAGAGAGAAAAAAAGAAAAAGGCAAAUUAAUGCUAUAGGGUGUGUGAUAUUUGUUAUGCAAAUCGAAUAUAACAAUCUUUUCCUUUA